AUGGGCCUGGUUACGUGUAAGCAAGAACGAGAAGCCGAGCUUCAGAAUCGCCAAAUCGAUACUCAAAUUCGGAUUGAAAACCAGGCCAACAAGCGGAAAAUUAAGAUGCUUCUGCUCGGAGUAACGGAUUCUGGAAAGAGCACUAUAGUCAAACAGAUGAGAGUCAAUUAUCUCGACGGAUUCAAUGAAACCGAGGUGGUUAACGCAAUAUUUGUAAUCAGAAACAACAUCAUUGACGCUUUCAAGAAUAUCUGCAACAUCAUACUUCAUUCUGACAUCACUGUUACCCAGGAGGAGAAGGUUCUCGUCAAACUUUUCGCAUACGAAUCUGGAAAAAUUGAGCUAAUGCAAGAAGUGGAUGAGCUCAACGUCAUCAAUGCCGUCAGCGGCUACGAAUGCAUCAAGCAGUUUUUCGAACGAUUCGCCUUCCAUCCAAUGGUUCCGGAUCAUAUUCAUUAUUUCUACCCAAAUCUCGAUAGAAUUGCGUCGUCCAAUUAUGUGCCUACUGCCGAAGAUCUGAUUCACAUGAGACAGACUACUCUUGGCGUUCAUGAAAUUUCAUUUGACUACACGAAACACAUUAUUCGUCUUAUUGACGUGGGUGGCCAAAAAACCGAGCGUCGCAAAUGGAUCCACUUCUUCGAAGGUGUCACGGCGGUGAUGUUCGUGUGCUCUCUGGCAUCUUUCAAUCAAACAACAGAGGAAGAGCCAAAGGCGUUUGUAUGGGAAUCGUCAUUGAACAAAGUGCAAAACAAGGUGCUCGUUCGGUCUGCUGGAAAGGCAAAAGUUGAGAAACCAGGGUUGAUCAACCGAUUGGAUGAAAGUGUAGACUUGUUCAAAUCGAUUCGUGAGAAUAGCUUCCUCAAAAUGUCGAAUUUCAUGUUGUUUCUGAAUAAAAAGGAUCUUCUGACCAAAAAACUCACAAAAGUCGUGUUUUCCGACUACUUCCCCGACUACAAAAAGUGGAUUACCAAUGACAAUUCGGACGUUUCUGUCGCGGAGUUUAUCGAAAACAUGUUCCGUGAGGGUCUUGAGCCGGAGAAGCGGAUGUACGCGCAUUUGACUCAAGCGACAGUAACUGCCAAUAUCGAAGGAACGUUUGCAUUGUGCUGUGACGUCAUCUUUGGGAAAAACUAUGAGGACACCAAUUUAGAAUAA